CCGUCCGGCCUCGGCCCCGCCCCUCCCCGGCCGGCCAGGGCCUCGCUCGCUCUGCUGCCCCGGCGCCCAGGACCCCCGGCGCCCCGGUCUCAGCUGUUCGCUGGGUCCGCCAUGGGCCCCGCCGCCCGCCCCGCGCUGAGGCCGCCGCCGCCACCCCCGCCGCCGCCGCCGUCGCCGCUGCUGCUGCUGCUGCCCCUGCUGCCGCUCUGGCUGGGCCUGGCCGGGCCGGGCGCCGCGGCCGACGGCAGCGAACCCGCGGCCCGGGCGGGGCGGGGAGGGGCCCGCGCCGUGCGGGUGGACGUGCGGCUGCCGCGGCAGGACGCCCUGGUCCUGGAGGGCGUCAGGAUCGGCCCCGAGGCCGACCCGGCGCCCCCGCUGCGCGGCCGUCUGCUGCUGAUGGACAACGUGGAUGCUGAGAAGGAGGUGCCAGGGGGAGGCUGGAUCGCAGUGGCCUACGUGGGCAAGGAGCAGGCGGCCCAGUUCCCGCAGGAGAGUCCCAGCGGCCGCCCGCGGGCCUACCCCAAGGCGCUGGUCCAGCAGAUGCGGAGAGCGCUCUUCCUGGGGGCCUCGGCCCUGCUCCUCCUCAUCUUGAACCACAACGUGGUCCGAGAGCUAGACAUAUCCCAGCUUCUGCUCAGGCCUGUGAUCGUCCUCCAUUAUUCUUCCAACGUCACCAAACUGCUGGAGGCCCUGCUGCAGAGGACCCAGGCCACAGCUGAGAUCACGAGUGGAGCGUCCCUGUCGGCCAACAUCGAGUGGAAGCUGACCCUGUGGACCACCUGCGGCCUCUCCAAGGAUGGCUACGGAGGGUGGCAGGACCUGGUGUGCCUGGGAGGCAGCCGGGCCCAGGAGCAGAAGCCCCUGCAGCAGCUGUGGAACGCCAUCCUGCUGGUGGCCAUGCUCCUGUGCACAGGCCUCGUGGUGCAGGCCCAGCGGCAGGCGUCCCGGCACAGCCAGCAGGAGCCCGGAGGCCAGGUGGACCUGCUCAAGCGCCGCGUGGUGCGCAGGCUGGCGUCCCUCAAGACUCGGCGCUGCAGGCUGGGCCGGGCGGCGCAGGGCCCCCUGGAGCCUGGUGCGGAGACCUGCGCCGUGUGCUUGGACUAUUUCUGCAACAAGCAGUGGCUCCGGGUGCUGCCCUGUAAGCAUGAGUUUCACCGGGACUGCGUGGACCCCUGGCUGAUGCUCCAGCAGACCUGCCCACUGUGCAAGUUCAACGUCCUAGGGAACAGCUACUCAGAGGAUUAGCUGCCCCAGCUGGCGCUCUGCAUGGGGAGAUGCCCCCCCCCCGCCCCCCAACCUGCACUCUGGCCCUCGGCCUGGGCAGGACAGGAAACCCUGAGGGUGGGAGGAAAGAUGGGGCCUUCCCUGCUGAGCAAGGCACCCCCCACAUCCACUGCCCCCAGGCCAGACCUGCUGGGGAGUGAGGGAGAGAGGCCCUUUGUGUACAGUCCUGGGGUGUCUGCCUUCUUGCAGGCAGCCCCCGGGCCUGGGGAGAGGUGAGGGCGGUGGGAGCUCUGCCUGCCCGUCAGGACACCCCAGGGCCAAGGCUGCAGUGGCCACUUUUGUGCUUAUUUAUUGGGGGGUGGGUCGGGGAGCAGCUGUCUGGCCCCGGGGGCACCCUGGCCAGACCAUCUUUCAGGGCACAUCUUGGUCAAGGCUGGAUGUGAAACCCAGGGGCCUCCUGGCCGCGGGCCUGGGGCACUGGGAGCCAAGGGCUCCCGGCCGUCCAGGGCGGCCCCUCCUGCCUGGGGAGAGCAGAGACCGCAGACACCGUCCAGUUCCGUGCUGCUCGGGGGGCGACGGUCACUGCCCAGGACACUGGAAGCCCCGGACAAAUGUGGUGCAUCUCCCAGGGCGUCCGUUUUGUAGAAGACGUGGGGGAGGGGAGGUGGUUUCCUAUUAAAUAAACAAGGCUAUAU